AUGGAAGCUAAUGCAUCUGUUGACAUGUUUUCAAAAGUUCUGGAAAAUCAGUUGCUUCAGACUACCAAACUAGUAGAAGAACAUUUGGAUUCUGAAAUUCAGAAACUGGAUCAGAUGGAUGAGGAUGAAUUGGAACGCCUCAAAGAGAAGAGACUUGAGGCACUAAGGAGAGCGCAACAGCAGAAAUAAGAAUGGCUUUCAAAAGGACAUGGGGAAUACAGAGAAAUCCCUAGUGAGAGAGACUUUUUUCAAGAAGUCAAGGAGAGUAAAAAAGUGGUUUGCCAUUUCUACAGAGACUCCACAUUCAGGUGUAAAAUAUUAGACCGACAUUUGGUGAUAUUGUCUAAGAAACAUCUUGAGACCAAAUUUCUGAAGCUGAAUGUGGAAAAAGCACCUUUCCUUUGUGAGAGACUGCGUAUCAAAGUCAUUCCCACACUAGCACUGGUAAAAGAUGGAAAAACACAAGAUUAUGUGGUUGGAUUUACUGACCUAGGAAUUACAGAUGACUUCACCACAGAAACUUUAGAAUGGAGGCUGGGUUGUUCUGAUAUUCUCAGUUACAGUGGAAAUUUAAUGGAGCCACCAUUUCAGAGCCAAAAGAAAUUUGGAACAAACUUCACAAAGCUGGAAAAGAAAACUAUCCGAGGGAAGAAAUAUGAUUCAGACUCUGAUGAUGAUUAGAAAUUAGUUACAAUUCUUUGUAAAUUGUCUUUUUAUUUCUGCUUACUUCAGAAUUAGAUGUGUUUUCUAAAUCCUGUUGGUUUUUAUACAUUGGUCAUCUAAUGGUCAUGUUCUAGAGUUUUGUACAGUUUCAUCACAUUGAAAGACAUCUUCAAUAUUUUCUGUGUGGCACUCAUGUUUAAGUUGAGGAAAACUUCUGAGUUCUUAAAUUAUCCAGCAAGGGUCUGGAUUCUCUAUUUUUGAGAUUGAUUUUAUCACAAUAUGAUUCCUACGUCUUUAUACCAUUCACAGUUGUGUUUUUAAUCUACUGGAUUGAAAAUAGGAAUUCAGCAAACUACUCCAGGACUAAUUCUUACACAGCAUUAUUUACUUUAUACAGCAGGUCAAACAACAUUUACUGGUGUAACAGACUCACUUGUAAAUGAAUUAUAAACACUCUUUACUUCUGGAAUAUAUUUAACUAUUAAAGAACUGCCUAUUUAUUCUGUAGGCUGUGUGUUGAUGAUGAAUCAACUGAUGGCAGCAGAAAGCUUUUUCAGGUUUUGAGCAACUGCCUUAUUUAAAGGAUUCUGAUUGCUUGUAUUUUAAGACAUGCGUUAAAAAAAUAAUAA